ACUGUAAAUAUUGUUUUAUAUGAUGUGAUUGGGUUCUUAUAGCAAUUAAGAUCGCGGAGCCCAAAAUUCAGAGACACUGAGACAGUUGUGCCUCGUCUUGUUUAGAGGCGCUGUCAGGGUCGAGUCCCUGGUCUCCCAGAGGCCGUAUAAAUUAUAAUUAUCCUACAUAACAGCCAAGAGAGCUCUUAAGGCAUGUUCACAUAUACAGUGAUCGUAUAGUGAUGGCACGACACCUAGUCGCCAGUAGGCGUUCCUACUACUGGUUGCCGUAGUAACAUUUAUCAGUGGGUGGCGUUUUAUUGCUGCUAAAAUGAAAGAUUCUGGACGGAGAACAUUUGUAUGUACAAUUCACCAGCGCACAUAUAUAUAUACAUACAUACACAUGAACGGUCAAAAGUUUGUGGACACUCGACUGAAAUGUUUCUCAUGAUGUUAAAAACCUUUUGAUCUGAAGGUGUGUGAUUUAAACGUGUGAAAUCGGUGUCGUAGACAAAAAUAUAAUCAUGCCAACGUAUUCAUUUCUUUCAUUAGAAAACAUUUUAUUGAUUUUUAAACGGACGACUCGGAGGGAAAUAAUCCGAAAAGCAGCCGAUAAGAGUCCGGCGUCGGUGGGAACUCCUUUAAUACCGUUUAAAAAGCAUCUCAGGGAAAUUCCUCAGGAAAUCGGUCGAGAAAACGCCGAGAAUACAUUUCUGGAAAUUUCUAGGAGCUGGGAGAGGAGAUGUCUGAGGAAGCACAGGAGAAGAACAGACGAUGAAGGCUGCAGCGCCAAAAGACAGAAGAUGAUGGACGAGGGCGAAUCCGAUCCCUCGGAGGACACGAGCUCCAGCUUAGACCCGGGGUGGUUAACCGAGUGCGCGACCGGUUCUCCCACAGCUCGGCACUGCGCUACGGCCGUCUCGCCGUGCCCAAACACCCAGUGCAAUCAGAACCCUUUACCCGCCGCCAGGCCGGAGACGGAGGGCUCCUGUAUGGAGGUGGAGGCGGCGCAGAGGAAGCUGCAGGAGAUCGAGAACAGGAGCCGCUCGUGUAUGGAGCUGGUGCUGUGGCGCCCCCCGGAGGACCCGCUCACCCAGCAGCUGAAGGACUCUCUCCAGAGACAGCAGCGUAAACAGCAGCCAGUGUGCAGACAGACCCCGACACCCAUCCCCAUCCCUAAAGGGGCGGACGAGCGCACCUUCAGCCCCCUCGCCUGCCCUCCUGCGUCCUCCAGCUCCACAGAGGAGGACAUGGAGCUAUAGACUCGUCUACGAGCGUGGAACUGACUUUCUCCGUCGAGCUUCGACCGGAGGUUUUCGGGUUUUGUCGCUUCUGCCAACGCGUCAAAAGUUCGAGCUCUUGGUAUUGCACUACAAAAACGAAACGCGAGUUUUAGUGCCAUGUCUUGCAUCACGCGCCGUACGUCUCUUUUGUUUGCUGCUUCGGACCGUAUUUCGGUGACGGGAUAACCGGGUUUGUGUCGCAGGCUCAAAACCACACUACUACCGUGCACGUCUACGAACGCUCACAUCACGCAGAUGCGGUGUAAGUGUUAUGUAAUGUGACAACAUGGCUGUUCAUUUCCAUCCGUGCCAGUGAGCCAUCAUACAGGAUAUUUACGCUUCAGGUUGUCUCAUGUGUUCCAAAAGUAAUCUGUAGCACUGCAUAACAAAUCCCACAGCUCCUUAGUGUUUUGUAACACUUCUUGGUGUAGGGUGUACUUGCAUUAUAGUGUACUAUUAUCAGAAAACGUCCUCUCAGCAGUUCUUCAUCCGUCAGAUGUCUUUUCCUCAGCUUACAGGUGUGGAAAAUGAUCCGUUUCAGUCUCGGUGGCAUCCGGCGCAUACGUGCGACAAGAAUUCCUCGGGGUGGGGUGGGGGAGAAGAAGAGAAAAGCUUUUUAAUCAACACUCGGUUGUAAUUGAGUUGUAAGGGCGGUUGUUGUUGAGUGAGGAAUGGGACAGAGUGGCACUCUGUUACAGGAAAAUAAUCAACAGCGGGUUGAUUGAUCGUGACAACGAAGCGGAGUUUCCUGAAAUGUUUUAUUCCUCUUAUUCUACACCGAUAUACUUAAACGAGUAUUUAAACAAUGACACGCCAUACUUUUUACCCCCUUCUCUCUCUCUCUCUCUCAAUCCCCCCCCCAGCAGCUAUUCUGUUACAGCUUUAACCUCUAACUGUUCCAAAGCACUAACAGUGGAGACUCCUUCCAUAAAUGUCCAAUAAACAUUUUCUCCUCGCCGAAACUUACACCGCAUCGACGAAUACACGCGUUUAAAAAAUAAAAACGUUUACGUAGCGUACGAGUCCCUGCGAACGAGCCGUUUCUAUAGCAGCGAUAACGAGCGCACCGACUCGUAUAAACCCGCGUCAACGCAGCCGCACUACCGUCAGAGCUGCAGACCAAUCAGAAUCGAGAAUUCAGCAUUUCCUGAUAUUUCUGGUAUAUUCUCUGCGCCCUCAGACCCACACGAGCACGGCGCGUAGUCUUCCUCGUGAAGACGGCGUCCCGUCUCUGAAUGCGUGAGCGAAGUACGAGUUAUACGUGUUUUGUAAAGUAAGCGUUUUCUGGUCAUUUUUUUCACUACAGAGAAAAGCCGCAAAAUUCCCCGGACGCUGCGGAGAACACGUUUUCGUGCAAACGUCUGGAAGCUGUGAACCCUUUUUUGUUUUUUUUUUUCCCCCCCUUUCUUUUUUUAUUUUUAUUUUUUUCUAAAUGAAAUGCUUUUCUUUUGUGAGCACGUCGUAUAAAAUGUUCCACCUCACAAAAUUAAUAAAAAAAAGGCAAUGUUAAAUUCAAACGAGGAAUAUUAUAGCAAGUGUAGAACGUUCUGCUGUACAUCCGCCAGGCUUGCACUCCUACGGAGAAUACAAGACGUGACGAUAUUUCGUGUCUUUCUUCCUGUUUGCUUUUCAGCUUUUUGAAUGUACAAAUCAUUUUAACAAGCUGUGUAAAGUCGGGCCUGUUUUUCUUUAAUAAAAUUAGAGAUGUACUUAUGGAA